GUGUGUGUCUGUCUGUUCAGCUGCGACUCAGAUCCAACAUGGCCGGCCAGGAGGACCCAGUGCAGAGAGAGAUCCACCAAGACUGGGCGAAUCGAGAGUACAUAGAAGUGAUUACAAGCAGCAUUAAGAAAAUUGCUGACUUCCUUAACUCAUUUGAUAUGUCUUGUCGAUCUCGUCUGGCCACCCUCAAUGAAAAGUUGACAGCGUUGGAGAGAAGGAUUGAAUACAUAGAGGCCAGAGUGACAAAAGGGGAAACCUUGACCUAGGACUCAUCAUGGGGAUUCCAAACAUCCUGGAGUCAUCCACCCUCCACCCUGGAUUUUUGGACUAUGUGUGCUGGACUCAACCUUCCUUUUUUUUUCUUAUGUGGACCAUUUUUAUAUCAUGCGGCUGUUUUGUCUUAUCACACAUUUGUAUAGACUUUGUUGGUAUCAGUGACUCAAGAAUCAUCUUUACUUCAAAACAAAACUAAGCUCUUUAAGUAUAUGUUUCAGAAAAAAGGUUGUGGAGCUCAACUAUGGAUCUGCUAUUACCAUUAUUUAUACAAUGUCAUUAUCAAAUCAAAGAUUUAUUAAAAAGGGGAACAUUCCUUUGUGCCAAGUUGAACAAGUAAAUGUAAUCACUUUUAUUAACAAAAAAACAGAGCUUCUUGUACAGUAAACUCGUUGGUGAUGUUACAGAGAUUAAAUACUGAAAUAAAGAAUAAUCAAUAA